GCACUCUGUGGAUAUACUCAUCCCUUUGUCUGGAAUACGCCUACUUGGAAACAUUCUCGCAGAUUUAAAUCUACUUUUUUUCCCCAAUAAAAAUCCAAGCGAGGUUCUUCUCGCUCAGUGACUCAGUAUGCCUCGCUGCCUCUGUGAACGACAACUCGUCUCUCGUUGAUUAUAUUUCUAGCGUUUCUGGGUCUUUCAGGCCUCUCACUCUUCCUCUGGCCAGCAUCCAUGGACACCCAUUUGACCCCACAACAAGCGACGCACAGCACAAAAUACAUCUAUUCGGUAUGGGCCAUCCCCGAGCAAAACGUGAGGCGGCGGCUGAAGGUGCUGAUGGACGGCCUGCGAUCCGAGUUCGGCGGUCCCCAGUUCGAGGCGCACGUCACCGUCGUCGGAGCUAUCGAGCUCGCGGAGGAUGAUGCAGUUCAGAAGUUCAAAUCAGCGUGUGAUGGUCUUAGGGCGUAUACUGCAAGUGUGGAUAAAGUGGACACUGGAACUUUCUUCUAUCAGUGCGUGUACCUCCUCCUUCACCCUACCUCUCAGGUAAAGGAAGCUAGUGCACACUGCACCCAUUAUUUUGGAUACAAGAGCUCAACACCUUACAUGCCACACCUGAGCCUCCUCUAUGGAGAUUGUACAGAUGAUGUGAAGAAGAAAGCUCAAGAAAAAGCCAAGGUCCUUGAUGAGGGCAUCUGCAACUUGAGCUUUCUCAUUGACCGCCUUGCAUUGUACAAAACAGAUACAGAAGACAGAACUCUUAAAUCCUGGGAGAAGGUGGCUGAAUGCCCUCUCAUUUCCAAUUAGGUGCUCUUAUGCUUACAGUUUGGUAAUAUAAAACAUUUGGCACUAUCUUUUUUUUUUUUUUCUUUGCCACUAUUUAUAAUAAUGACAAUUUGGUGUUCUUCUUUUUCUUUUUUUUAAUGUAUCUUUACAUGGGUUUUACAAUAAAAGAGGUAAGCAGACAUAAAGGGAAAAUUACAAAAGCAUCCCUUUAAAUA